UUACAAGAGAAAUUGCUUUGCACCCCAUUUGUGUAUAUAUAUAUAUAUAUAGUUAUAUUGAAACAAGUAACAACUCAUUUCUCUUCUCUCUCUCCAAUUUUGAAGUUCACAUGUUUCUUUAAAGAUUUCUUCAGACUCUCUUCUUCUAAACACAUGCACCCACUUUCACCAUAACAUGAAUAACGUUCAUGGCUAUGGAGAAGAGAGCAAUUGUGGCUGUUAUUUUCAUCCCAAAGAGGUUGUUGUUGGAGUUUGUCCACUUUGCUUGAAUGAAAAGCUUCUUGUUUUGGCCGCAAAGCAAGGCCACCGUUCUUCUUCUUCAGCUAGAACAAGUCAUCAUCGUAAUUCCAGUACUAAUAAAAUAAAUGUCUCAGACAACAAGAAGCCUCCCAUUCAUCUUCCCAAAAUCUUUGCUUUGGGAUCGCUUCUUAAUCGCUUUGAAUUUCGCCACUGGAAAUCUGAUAUUUCUGAUGACCAUGAUGCAUGUAGCAGCAGCAGUCAAGAAGACUCAUUCAUCUCAAUAAAAUUUGAAGACAAUGGGGUGGCCUCAUGGGAAAAGGCAAACACAGUCUCAAACAAGGUGUCACUGGAACAUUGCAGCAUGUACUGGAAUAAUAACCAAAACACGAACACCAAAGAAUUUGUCGGUAAUAACAAGAGUGUGAUAGAACAUGCAAAGGCGCCGCGCGGCUCGUCGCUGAGGUGGCGAAAGCGAAUUGGGCAUUUGUUGCAGCUAGUGAGGUGGAAGAGAUCAAACAAGGGAAAUGUAUGUCAAGUGGAUCAUGGAGUCAAGGUGAGGAAAGGGUGGAUAAGAAGCCUGACAAAAAGAGGAGGACCAAAGAAAUAAUAAAGCAGCAGGGAUUGUAUAGAGAAGGGAACAAUAGGCUUUUUUCCUCCACAAAUACUCGGUUUGUGGGUUGGAGCUUAAAAUUCUUACCAUUAUCAAGAUGGUAAGAGUCAAAAUAGCUUUAUAGAAAGUGCUUUUUUCUUUGCUUUUAAUUAAAAAUAUAUGAUGGGAUUCUUGUAUUUUGUCUGUUUCAUUUUUAUUAUGUAAACAGAACAGGCUGUAAAAGAAUCGUUACAAUUGUGUUUAUGGCUUUCAGAAUU